CUCCAGCGGCACGAUCAAGCCAUCUACCAUCUCAUGCAUGCGUUGUCUGUUUCCGAGAAUGGCGGUGACAGACAUUAUAUCAGAGCUGGCUCGCAGAAGCCACGCAUUGGAACUUCUCCUUCUCAAUUUUGUAAUGUGCCAACAUUUCUCUCUUGUCCUCGAUACUCAUUAAUUCACUUCGGACAUCGCGCCGAUUGAGUACGCCCAAGACGUUGAGGUUAUCGUCGAGGACUCUUUCAGCGCCACAGUGAAACCAUGGCCGACUCGGCGACUGAGGACGCGGCAAAGACCUUGUCACUCAAGAGGUCUGGCCAACAGGCCUGGGUGAGAUGCCGUCGACAGAAACUCCGAUGCGACGAAAUCCGACCCUGCGCUCUGUGCCUACGCUCAGGCUUCGAAUGUAAAGAAGUUGGUGAGCGUCCAAGGAAAAUCAAGAAGACUCAUCAACCCAUUGCACUCGAACUUCUACCACGUCCACCAUCAGAAAUUCCUGGUGCUAACUCGGCCGAAGCCGUGAGCUUGAAUGCCCAGGCCACUGGUUCCACCCAGAGUUCUAUCAAUCCAAAGUCAGGCUUCACAGCUAUCAAUUCUCAAUCAGUCGCUGAGACUCAGACUUCUCCAACUUUUCAUGAGCGCACUUCAACGGUACAUUUGAUGGAACAGGUGUUUCAGAAGCACAAAGCUUCUCCCCCGCAGAAAAGAGUUGUUGAUGCAUUGCCGGGCAGCAGACUCGACGACGCGAAUCCCGACAGCUCACGGGGAAAUCAUGUCUCGGUGCAGGAGGUCAUCGGGAUGCGCCUGCCUCCACGUCCGGUUACGGACUCCCUUCUUUCCUCGUAUCUGAAGAACUACCACUGGCAUCUGUUACUUUUCCACGCUCCCACCCUUGUGAACCAACUUCAACCUAUCCUGGAGCAGGGGAUCGUACCCAAAGGUCGAUUAUCCCUCGUCAUGCUUCUCUUGGUUAUCUUGACCCUUGGGGCUCGGUAUGUCUCCGGCGAUCCCGCACAGGGACUUUGCUCCAACAAGGAUAUUCGACGAUUGGAGACAGCCAUGAAAACCAAGAUCGAAGAGAACUUCAUGCGUAUCCUGGAUGAGACAAGUGUCGAAUCCGUCACGUUCACACUGCUUUUUGCCUCUUAUUGCAUGUACAAUCGCAAGCCAAAGCGCGCCUACAAGUUAAUCCAAAUGGCAAUCCGAGACGCUCAAGCAAUGGGUCUCGAUCGAGAGUCAACAUGGGGCCAGCUGGAUACAACUGCCCGAGAAGUGCGUAGACGUCUUUGGUGGAGCUUGUACGGGUGCGAUGGUUUCGACGCCUUGAUGUUUGGGCAGCCUGGCAUUAUCCGCACUUCUGAUUACCAAGUGCAGAUGCAAACAGACAUUGACGAUACGCUGUUCACUUGUCCCGGCUUUGGUUCCAUGGAGACCAGAGAAAGCGCAAGAACCGAGCCUGUCACCAUCCUGUCAUAUCACCGGUACAAAGUCACGUUAUACCAGAUCGCAGAACCCAUAACAAGGUCGGUGUAUUUCCACAAGGAUGCUGGCAAGAACGUAGUAAAGCAUGUCCAAGACAUCCACAAGAGACUUGUUCGCUGGUACAAAAGACUCCCGCCAGAGUUAAAACUGGACUCUCUCGCUGGCGCCAGCACCACUCCAGACAAGGCCUUAGCGCUCGACAUUUUCAGGCGUCAAGCACUAGCUCUUCAAUUGUCGUAUGACAACAUGCAGAUAGUCCUACACCGCUCGUUGAUCGCGUACGAAGAUCCCUUGGGACUUUCGAGCUCCUCCACAAGCCAGCCAGAGGAGCGACACGAUGGAAAUGGUGCCACCCUGUCGAGUGCCGAUGCAGCAGCAGUCAAGAUUAGCAGAAACCAGUGUUGGGAAUCUGCGAUACGAACCUCACUCCUAGUCGACCACCCUACAGAACUGAAACUGGUUCGAUCGACUCCUGUCGCGGCAUACCUUGCCAUGCAAGCACAUACUGCUGGCGUGAUGCUUGGAGUCUUUGCUUUGUCGAACCCGAGCUCGGACCGCGCUCAACAAGCCAAACAGGGGAUUGCCCGUCUAAUUCAGAUGCCGGCAAUGGUGAGCUUCCAGGAUGCUGCUUGGCAACAAUGUGUCGGCAUCCUUGAAAAUAUGCUUCGUUUGAUCCUUUCCGAGGAAUUGAAGGUCCUAAUGUCUGGGCAAUCCGGUAUCUCAGGCACAGCAACAUCUCGUGUAUCAGUACCGCAGGCGUUACAGAGGAACAAGCCCCACCAGCAUAUGUCCGUGUCCAGGCAUGGCUCGGUUUCCACGCGGUCUGAUGGUGAUCAAAAGCACCCGUCCACACAGCUGUCCAACGGAGGUCACCUUCCAGAUACCAUUGAUUUAACCCAGGGCAAUUACUCCCCACCUGCCAAUGCAGAUGGCGUCCAGCAGCACAAGCUUGAGAACCCGUCGCCUAGUACCCACUCAGUAUUUAGCCCCCUGGACAAUUUCAGCAAUGCUAUAUCAUCGCUGCAAACGAUGUUCCGCGACAACGGUUCAAAUGGCAGCGUUGACCAUCCGGGCAUUCAUUCAGCCUCGUCUGUACAGCAGCGAGGUAAUGUUUUCGAAAACAAUCAGCAAUACUCUGGCCUUGAGCCAACGGCAUCGGGCAACGAUCAGAUGAACCAGGGACUUGAAUUUGUCGACAAUCCCUUUGUCUCUUUGGAGGGCGUCGAUCAAUUGUGGCUUUGGAAUGACGAUUUCUCUUUCUGGCAGCAUGAGCAGGAUCAUUAGCAGCUUUCAGUCCACGAUGUCGGCCACCGGCUGUUCCAUUCAAAGAAGUUUCAGUGUGAAGCUGAGAUUGGUGACUCGUGACGAUGUUGCACCCUGUCGUAAUGUCUCUCCUCGUAUUCCCAACUUGAUAUUGUUUUGGAGGACUUUGAGCUGAAUGACCUACAACAACAAGAUAACUUCUUCCGCACUUCUCAGAUAAUGACAAGGAAGUUUCCGUGGCAGCUUUGAUGAAGACUGCCAUCAUAGAAACGAAUAGCGAUGAACGAAAUGAACAAAAUGAACAAAAUGAAGAGAACUUGGCGAAUAAAGUGAAUUCAGGGAAAUUCAGGGAAAUUCAGCAGAUUCGGC